ACGCGCAUGGUUGUAUUAUGCGCAGUGAUUCAUUUCUGCUGAUAUGUAUUAUGAAACUUAAUUAUAUGAUGUGUUCGCGCCGCAGAAUAGGACGACACUGUGGAAGGCUAUCACAUUUUUUCAUGUUGUCUUUUUGUGAUAAAAGACUGAUACCUUUUUUUAUGGUUAUGAAUCUACAUGUGUCUAGAAGAAAUAGGUUCUUCUGAAUAAAUCCUUUUAUGUGGAUUUGUUGUUCUAAGCCAAUUGUGGGCUACUCAGAUACAUGUGUCUAGAAGAAAUAUGUUCUUCUGAAUAAUCCCGUUGUGUGGAUUUUGUUCUCGGCCAAUUGUGGUUGCUCAUUUAUGUCGGAAUAUGUGUGCCUCACAGCAACAUCAUCUCAAGAUAAGAAAAUAGAUUCUUAAACAUUUUUGAUACUGAAAAUGGUUAUAACACUAUAUAUUCAAGUAUUCUUUUGAUAAAUUUUUUUCUUGCAUGCUGAAGGAACACAUAAUAUAACAUUACAGAACUGUGAUAAUUUUGAAAAUAAGUGUCUCUAGAGAAAAAUUGCAAUAUAAUCCUGUCGUAUGUUACUCACAUGUUUUUAUGUAAAAAUGUCAAAAGACUGCGUUAUUCAUUAUUAUUUUAGCUUCGAUACGAAGCUGAGAAGGAACACGUAAUAUAAAAAGCAACGUCGAUAUAAUAACCAAUUUACUACAUCAACCUGGAUGGAAAAAUAUAAAUGAUGUCGAAUAUAUUACUUAUAGGAGCAAUGUGUAUACAUUGAACGAUGUGCUUAAUAAACCUGUAACAUUAGUGAACUGUGACAAUUUUAUACGUUAUGCAACAAUAUUCCUUGGAUGUUCUUAUUCAAAUGAUUUACAUACAAUAUUCAAUACAUUUUUCAAAUUUCAAGAAUAUUGUUAUAAGCUACUCUGUUCUGGUAAAAUUAGUGCACACAAUUGUACAGUCAAACUUUUAGAAAAAAUGAUUGAAUUUGUUCCGAUGGCAAAAUUUAUGAAAGGAGCUUUAUAUGCUAUAGAAAAAUAUCACAAUAAACCUUUGAAUACUCAAAAAAAAUUCGGGUUUUUACUAAGUAAAGUUCUUACAAAUUUACAGAAAAAUGAAUCUUUAAAGAAAAUGUUUCCUUUGAAAAACAAUAAGGACUCUAUUAAAACUGCAUUAGUAAAUAUCACGGAAAUUUUACAAACUAGUCAUUAUGAACUCAAUGAUGAUAUUUAUUUAUGUAAAAUAAAACAAUUAGGUUUUUCUUCUUUGUGGAAUUUUUGGAUUAACGAAUAUGUCACGCUAAAAUGUCCAAGAAAACACGAAGAAUUUAUUAUUUUUCUAAGUGAUAAAAUAAACAAUUUAUUUCUAACGACAAUCUGGAAAAAGUAUGUUGAACUUGGAUUUAAAUUUGAUUCAAACACCAGUGAAACCUUUUUACCUGCUCUACCUCAUACCAAUGUCAAGCAAGGAGGUAUCGCACAAAAUAGUUUCUUAAAUAUGACACAACAUACCAAUGAAGUAGAUAUGAUGGAAAAUAUUCAACAAAAAAAUAUCGUACAAAAUACUUCUAUUCUACAUAAUGAUGUCAUAUGUGAAACGGAACCUGAAUCGGGCGAACUAAUUGAAUAUCCUAAUCAUUUAUUACCAUUUAAUAGGUAUCUUUAAGUUAACUUUUUUGUGCUAAAUUUUUAUUAUAAUUACAUUAUUAUUUAUAAUUAUUAUGUUAAUUUAAUGUUUAAGCAUGAUUUAAAUGUUUUCUCAAUUAAUUAAUAUUAACUAUACAUUUAAUUAGUAUACUCAAAAAUUUGUGUUACUUAAAUAUUUACAUUAAAUUUAAUCAGUUGAAAUAAUAGAAAAUUAUAUAAUUAAGAAAAUGACGAAACAAUAAAAAGUUUGAAAUAGUAUUACAGAAACUAUAAACAUUUUUAUACCUUGGCGGGAGAUUGAGUACAGCUGAGAAUAAAGUUGGCACUCUUUUAAGUUGUAAGAAAUGAUAUCUAGAAGUAGGUUUGGAUAGAUUAGGUGAGCUACUGAGAAAAUUUCAAAAGCCCUCUUUAAUUUAAUAGCCUUUGCAAAUAUUAUAAUAUCAUGUGAAAUCACCUGAACUGUGAAUUGUAGAUCUGAAAUUUUUUUAAUGUGUUAUUAAUGACUCGAAAAUGAUAAAGUUUACUCAUUGUUUACAUCAAUAAACUUAGUAGUUUCUUUAAAAACUAUAAAUAAUAUACACCUAAAAUGUCGGUUUUCAUGAGAAAAUGUUUAAAGUUUUUACAGGAACUUCUUAUAAGUAUGUCUAAGAUGUGACAAAAAUUUAAUGUAAUAUUCGUUUUUAACAUAAUUAUUUUUUAUUAUUUGGUAGAAUUUGUUUUAAUAAACACAAAACAUCCAUCUAAAAUGAUUAUGAAGAAAUAAAAUUAAAUAAUAUUAAAAAAUAUCCCAAUUUUAAAAUAAUAUCUGGCAAGAGGUUGAGCGAAACAUGUUUUAAAAUAUUAAAGAUAUCAUGAUGUAUUCCGUGAAAUUAUUAAACAUUCUUGUUUAAUUUAGCUAUAAAUUGUUUUUAUUCAAUUUGUUCAUCAUUAUGUU